AUGACAACCAGGACCACUUCUCAGGCGCCUGCUUCUGCUGUCAAGCCAUCACCGCUGGCUUGCACUGAAUGUCGAUCAAAGCAUUUGAAAUGUGAUGGAAUCCAGCCUGUCUGCUCACGAUGUGCUGCCUCUAACAUCGCAUGCAACUACACGCCUUCACGGCGAGGCUGCAAAGGAAUUCCGAAAAAACGACGCAAACUUAAUUCUGAUCACCCAACACAAGAUCCCCCAUCAAGCUCAUCGACUCAGUCACCCAUCCCAGCACCACCUAUUGCUGAUGCUAAACCCGAACAAUCAAAUUGGCAGAGCCAUUUAAGCACUCUUACUGCAAGCAAUUUACCCAACACGUCAGAUGCUGUCAGCAUCGCAUUCGAUACGCCGUUGAUCGAUUCUGGUCCGGCAUUCAUGCUAAGCAAUCAAGUCUCAACCUCGGUAUUGAACACUCAACAACAGAGUCAACCACCAUCGAACCCAGGCAUGGAACAUGUUGUGAACCUGUACUAUUCGAAUUUUCAUCCAGCACAUCCCAUUUUGCUCCCUCGUCACAUGUAUGGCCAGAACUAUCCUUCCUACCUUCACUCGGUUGUCCAAUUCAUUGGAAGUCACUAUUCGACAUCUCAAUCCAGCGACUCCUUCCGAACGCAAACAGCAGCCGCUCUCAAGGACAACUCGCAAAGAUCGGUCUACAUGGUUCAAGCUCGCCUUCUAUUCGCCAUCGCGAUACAUGCUAGAGGCGAGCCGAAUGAGGGACAGGCGAUGCUUAGAGAUGCUAUAGAUCUAGCGAUCAGCCUUGGUAUGAACACGAAAGAUUUCGCGAUGCUCAACAGCGGUUCAUCGUCAUGCCUAGAAGAAAGCUUUCGUCGCACAUGGUGGGAGUUGUUCGUAGUAGAAGGCAUUAUGUCCGCUAUUCAUCGCGUACCAACCAUGAAGACUCGAUCCGUUGCUUCCGAGGCCUUACUGCCAUGCGAAGACUCGACAUAUACAGACGGUGCUUGUUUCUCUGAUGGGUCAUCCCUGGCUCAAUUCACUGAUCGACACUUUGCCGAAGAAGAGAUCAGCUACUCCUCGUCUUGCUACCGCAUUGAGGCUGUUCAGAUCUUGUCCAGAGUUCUGUCGAUUGCAAACGCCGAGGCUCAUCCGGAUGAGGUACAAGCGAUUGACAAUUCCCUUGCAGCAUGGUCACACUAUGUGCCUCCGGAAAAGCGAGAUAUCAUCUCGAAUUCUGGAGAAGUCGAUGAGCUUCUAUUCCAGGCACAUAUGCUUAUUCACUGGGCAACUAUCCUACUGCACAUGCCCCGAAGUGAACUUCUUUCGGUCCAUCCAGCUACUGCGGAUAUCUUCUGUGCCAAGGGCGACAAGCAAAUGCCGUCCACAGAUACAAAACAUGCUCAUGCGAGUAAAGCCACAGAUGCGUCCAAAGAGUUGUCAAAUCUAGCUGCUCUCCGCUGCCCGGUACAAAAACACACUCCCUUCUUUAUCUGCGCUCUCGUCAUCGCAUCAGUGGUGCAAUUGGCCGCUUGUACUCUCCACAAUUGUCGCUGCAUGUACCAGCAUCGCGAUCGCAUCACUUUGGUCGUGGGUCUGCUCAAAUCACUCAGCUUGAGCUGGGCAUGUGCUGGUUCAGUACUCGUAAAGAUCAAGAAGAUUGCAGCGAAAGUGAUGAAAUCUGAGCAUUGCACAAUGACUGUUGCCUCCACUCAGUGCGAUAGCUGCACAGAUAGUGGCUUAGGCACGAGCAUAGGUGCCGAAGAUGUGCCCUGGAUGGAGUUUUUCGAUGAUCCUGUUAUGUCUUUCGAGGGCUUUGCACCUGGACCGACCCUAUUCGAGCAAGGCUGA